AUGGAGGCUGCGAAACGGUUACAAGGAAACUCAUUAUCACUUUUCAGCGAAGGCAUUGGCUUUGUUUUGUUGCGUUGGUCCGCUCUUCGUGAUGCUGUCGAGAACCAGUGGGGUGGCCCUGACUCCCGCCUCAAGGCCGAUAACCUCGCCACCGAUAUCCUCUCCUGGUUCACUCAAUCCAGAGAGCCGCUUGAUACUGAUGACUUGGAGGACAAACUCUAUGAUGGCAUGACUUCGCUCAAUGUAGUGGUUGAGGCUGGCAGCAUUAAAGAGGUAGCUAAAAAUCUAAUGGUUAUGCAUGAGGAAUGCUUAGAAGGAAACUUUGUGACCAUUGAGCGUUAUAGGCAGGCCAUUGUUAACCAAGCUGCGCAUCCUCGUGCAGUGCCACAGGUAAAUGAUAGCAUAAUAUUUUUGAAUGAGAUGAUGAUGAGGAUGAGGAAGAUGAUGAUGUCCAAGGUGGUCAAAAUGGUGAAAGCAGUGCUAGGCAAGCUACUGCGGAUUGAUGAUGAGCCUCUCAAAAAGGAUGCAGGUGAAGCAGAGGAUGGAUGGGUUGUAGUUUCAAAGAAAAAAAACAAGGUUAGAAAAAAUUAG